UGUGCCUAUAAUAUUUUAUACCGGGUGACAAGCAUACGUGCGAUGAUCCGUCUUUGACCCUGAACGAUGCCGCCACAUAGUAUAAUUUGGUACAAUGUACUAUUGUCGCUGCGUUCGGCAUUAUUACGCCGCUCCGCCGCCGUUGAUGAUUUAUAUUAAUAUGUUUAAGAAAAUAUGUACUUAAUCUCCUGCUCACCUUUAGAAUCCGAUUAUAGUAAUAUUUUACACCCCUAUCAUAAAAUGUCUGUUGCACCCCCAAUGUUAGGUUAUUGUUGGCUAUGGUAUGUAGUAAUUUAUAUAUUAUAUUUAAUAUAAGUAUCAGAGCACGUUGCAAAUCUCUACUUAUCAAUAUUAAACAGCUGGAAAUUCAAGCACUAGCGCUUAUUAUGUUCUAGUGACUACUAUAAUGCAAUUACUAUUCAAUGAAAUAUUUAAUUUUUCCCGCCCUUUCAACAUUGAACUCCUAAUAAUUAUUAAUUUAUAAUUAUUUAUUAGUUAUUACCGCUAUCUUUAAUCAUGUGCUUUGCCUAUGAAAGCUAUGAUUGUUUUGCAAAAACUAUCAAAUGUAUUAUUUAUAUUAAUAGCCAUAGAUAAUAAUAUCAAUGAAUAAACUUAUGCCAUUUAUACUAAUGUAAUAAUUUAUAUUAUUAUUUAUUAAUAAUAAAUGUAUUAAUUUGUACCUAGUAUUCUAGUGUUUUUAUUUUUAUUUUAACAUGUCCUGUUGCGUACCAAAUUGUCUUUUUCGUGACAAAUAUUUAAAACAAAGUCGUUUUUACAUUCCUAAAGACCUUUCAUUAAGAUAUGAAUGGGAGAAAGCUUUAAAAAUUAAUUUUCAGAAUAAUAAUUCUAGAGUUUGUCGUCAACACUUUAGAGACAGUGACAUAAUUGAUUCAUGGGUUUCUGGAACAGGGGAUAGUAAAUAUACAGUGUGCUUAAAAAUACCCAAGUUGCGUAAUGGAGCCAUUCCUAUACCAGUACCUGAUAGUCCUGAUAAUUUAAUAUCUUCUAUAAACAGUAUAAACAUAGAUCACUGUUAUGCAGCAAAAAAACCACAAGAAAAUAAUAUUGCUGAGACAAUUCAUAAUACCGGUAUAAUAAAUAAUUUAAAAAGAAAUGCACCUUUAUUUAAUAUAGAAUCAAUACCUAAAAGAUUAAAGGUAGAACAAAAAAUAACAUUAUUAAAUUUAAAUAUACCAACAAAAUGGUUUUGUGACAUUGAUGAGACUUUAAUAAUAAAUAAUCAAAAACAGAUUAUAAUUUCAUUUCACAAGUUAGGAUCUUAUACAAAAAAUGUUACACAAAUGCGAUGCAUUGAAAAACAACUUAUUUUAAACGAAGAGUCAGACAUAUUUCUAUAUGCUUUUGACAAAAAAAUUGAGUUAUCAGAUAUUGGGGUAAAUUCAAAUAUUAAAAUUGACAAUCAUACUGAAAUAGAGAAGAUAAUUAAAAUAUUUGAUACAAUUAGCUUAUGUAAAGGUGCAGUGCCAUCAAAUAAAUAUAGAGAUGUGAAAUUAUCCACAAUUCCAAUAGAAAGAUGUGGGAUGUGGUGGCAUUCAAAGUGUAUUACAGUACUUCCUAAAGAUGACAGCAGUAAUAGUGAUACUUGUAUCUGGUGUAAACGUUUGUGGUACAUUGUAAAGAGUGAGAAGUUACGUCAAAGGAAUAACCAAUCUAUCAGAACAUUUUUUUCUCCAACUAAAAAAAAAACCAUUAGUAAAAUAAGAAAGGCAAAAAAUACAAUCACAAAGAAAUUUUCUAGAGCUCAUUUAAAAAUUACCUGUUUACAAAACCAUUUAAAAAAUAUUAAAGAUAAAAUGAAGAAAAUAACUCACUGUAAUCUAGAUAAAGUAUUACAAAAUUCUGAUAUUCCCAACUGUCAAUCUGAAUUAAUCCACGAAAUAUUUAAAGCUGCUAAACUGAAAAACCCUAAAAACAGAAAAUAUAGUGAAAAUUGGCUAUUACUUUGUAUGCUAUUCCAAAUAAGAUCCCCUAGUGGUUAUAAGUUUUUAAGAGACCAAAAUAUUUUGCCCCUGCCCUGUGUAAAUACAAUCAGAAAACAUUUACUUGCUGUAGAAAUUGGGUGUGGGUUUGAUAAUAAUUUUUUUAAGCUUCUGAAAAAGAAAUUUGAUUUAAAAUCAGAACAACAGAAACAAGGAGUAAUAGUACUCGAUGAGAUUUUUUUAAGAGAAAAUAUAUGUGUAAAUAGUCGAACUUUAACAUAUAUGGGACUGGAAGAUUUCGGAGAAGAAUUGAAUAAUACUAAUAGUUCACAAAAGGCCAAUCACGCUUUAGUCUUAAUGUGGCAAAGUUUAGCUGAUAAUUUUGUUCAGCCAAUUGCCGUUUUCGCAUCACAUGGAACUGUUAAAGGAGUAGAUUUAGCAAAACUCGUAAUAAGAGCUAUUUUACUUAUGGAAAAUGCCGGUGGUCAAGUAGUUGGUCUUACAUCAGAUGGUGCAACAACUAAUAGGACAAUGUGGAAUUUACUAGGGAUAUGUCCAAAUUCAGAAAAUUUUAAAAAUUAUUUUGAAAAUCCAUACGACAGCAGUAGGAAGGUGUUUGUAUUUUCAGAUACACCUCACCUUUUAAAGACAAUACGUAACCGUUUGUAUGAAAAAAAACAAUUAUUAGUACAUCCUUCAAAAACUCCAAUAAAAUGGGAGCACUACCAGAAUGUUUAUAAAAUAGAAGCUAAUUCCCUUACAAAAGCCUGUCCAAAAAUUAAUAAAAAUCACUUUGAACUUAAUAACUUAUCAAAGAUGAAAGUUAAGUAUGCAGCACAGUUGUUUAGUAUGUCAAUGGCCUCUGCUAUUGAAUUUUAUAAAAAAAAGAAUGUUGGUAAUUUCAUUGAUACUGAUGAAACAGUCAAAUUUACUGUUUUCAUAAAUAAUAUGUUUGAUUCACUAAACAGGAAAUAUCCAGCAGAAGGAAUCAAGAAAAAUAGCAAUGAUAUAGAGGUUCUUAUAAUGAAUGUUUGUGAUUCGUGAUUUGUGUCCUUUGCUAAAAUAUAUGUUUCGAAUUUGGCUUUUACAUGUUAUAGUUUUUGUAAUUUAUGUUACAUGUGAUGCAUGGUGUAUAAAUAAUGUAUGUUAUUAAAUAUAUGUAUAUAUGUAAUAAGACAACUAAAAAGAAAAUA